GUCACUUCCUCUGCUUGCUAACUUGACAUUGUUAUGGAGUGUCUUACAGGGAGAGCGGCUACAUUCAUGUGAACUUUCGUCCUCAUUUUAAUGUUAUUCAGCACUCAGCCUAUCUAGUUAAGAAGUAGUCGCCGUGAGCAUGGCGGACCGGGAGGAGCGCCGCUUCGCCGAAAUUUCCCGGGAGUCCGUGAAACUCAUGGCCGAGAGUGCAGGCGUUGAGCUCGGCGACGAUGUGGCCGGUCUGCUGGCUGAAGACGUGUGUUACCGGCUCAGGGAGGCAACGCAGAGCAGCUCUCAGUUCAUGAGACAUGCCAAGAGGAGGAAGCUGACAGUAGAGGGCUUCAACAGAGCUCUGCGCUGGAGCAACGUGGAGGCUAUCUGUGGCUAUGGGGCUCAAGAUGCUCUGCCUUUCCGCUCAGUGAAAGAAGGUGAGCUUUUCUUCACUGAGGAGCGAGACAUCAACCUAGUUGAGUUGGCUCUGGCCACCAACAUUCCCAAGGGCUGUGCUGAGACCAUGGUGCGAGUGAAUGUGUCGUACCUGGAUGGAAAAGGUAACCUGGAACCUCAGGGAGCAGUUCCCACUGCAGUACAGUCGCUGUCAGAUGACCUGUUGAAGUACUACCAGCAGAUCACGCGGGCCAUCCUGGGAGAAGACCCCCACCUCAUGAAGGUGGCUCUGCUGGACCUCCAGUCCAACUCCAAAAUCGCUGCGCUGCUGCCAUACUUUGUUUACGUCAUCAGCGGGGUGAAGUCAGUCAGCCACGACCUGGAGCAGCUCAACAGACUCCUCCACAUGGUGAAGAGCCUGGUCCAGAACCCCUACCUGUACCUGGGCUCGUACGUGCGUAGCCUGGUCUCUAGUGUCAUGUACUGCAUCCUGGAGCCUCUGGCAGCCUCCAUCAACCCGCUCAACGACCACUGGACCCUCCGAGACUACGCAGCCCUGCUACUCAGCCACAUCUUCUGGACUCAUGGUGAUCUGGUGAGUGGUCUCUACCACCAGAUCCUGCUGUCCCUGCAGAAGGUUCUGUCGGACCCUGUGAGACCUCUCUGCUCCCACUAUGGAGCUGUGGUGGGCCUUCAUGCUCUGGGAUGGAAGGCUGUCGAGAGAGUGCUCUUCCCACACCUUCCUGCCUACUGGGCCAACCUGCAGGCUGUGCUGGAUGACUACUCUGUUUCCAACGCGCAGGUCAAAGCAGAUGGACACAAAGUCUAUGGAGCUAUCCUGGUGGCAGUGGAGCGCCUGCUGAAGAUGAAGGCCCUGUCUCUGUCUCAGCAAGCAGAAGGAGGCUCCAGCGGUCAGCCGGGCUCCACGGCGGGCGCUAUGGGUUACAGGGUGAGCUCCCCCGGCCUCAGCCCACCUCCAGAGCCUCUAUCAGAGGCCGCCCUGGGAAUCGCCAGCCACCUUCAGGCCGGUGGAGCCGGCUGCCCGUGGGAGGAGUGGACCCCCGUCCCUCUCCCCGCCAUGUACUGUGAGCUCUACUCCUUCUUUGGAGACAGCCUGGCUGUCAGGUUUAGUACAGGACCCGGGUUUGGCAGCUACCCUCCCUGCACCCUGUCACAGCUCGGCGAUGCCAGGAAGGAACCCGCCGGACCGGCUUCUAACCCCGACACCACCCGUAAGAUGCCACAGCUGACAGCAAACCUCAACAUCAGCCCGAGGCAGGAUGGGAGUCCACGCACUGAUCCGCCUCCACCCAGCCUGGCAGCAACGGGAUCAGGAAGGUCUCUGGCUCGCUCCUCUUCAUCCUCUAUGCAGCGCUCCAGAUCCUCCUCUUCACGUUCAGGCCAGCGCUCGGCAGGUCUGUCUCGUGACGUUUUCCCUAAAGCUCGCUUCACCUCUCCUCAAACAGGACCUACGGCUUUCUCCUUCCUCAUUGGCGGGAGACAAAUGGGCCGCCGCUGCCAAGGCCGCCGCCCCUUCCAGACCACUUUUGCCCCGACUACACCUCUCCCUGCCAUCCCACCACGUGCCUACGCCCAUAAACUAUCUGUCAUUGGCAGGGUGAGCAAACCUGUACGCCGCUGGGCAUGUUCCCACUACUCCCUCCAUCUCCCUCUCUAGAAGAGAGUCUCAGGCACAAGAGGUGGGCUUUAGACUGCAGUGCUACAAAGUAGGCUUUCACUGCUACAGACAUUUACAGGCACGUAUUCAUAUUUUCAGCUUAGACUGUUGAUAUAUUGCAAGGAUUUUCAGUUUUUAAUGGUUGAAACAAACAAAAACAACAAAGGCCUGAUCAGUUCACAUUGUGAUAAACUCCUCUGUGUAGAAUAAAAAAUCGAUAUAUUUUUUUACAGACAAUGUGGUACACGGUAGUGUAUGCCCCCAAUAGUCCAACAUAUUCAACCUGGGGACAUUCAUGUUCACCAGAAAUGUCUCAUUUUUCUAUGAUCACAAUCAUUUGAAAGAUGCUGUUAUCAUAUUAAAACGAACACACACAUAGAGGCUCUAAUAUAAAGUGACACUUGUGUUUAAAAUACUUUUGUGUACAAGAGGCAACUAAAACACAUCACAUCUAGUUUUGAGAUGCUCUGGGAUGUUGAUCUCUCUCAGACAUUAAAGGGGACCUAUUAUGCUUUUCAUUAUUUUCUGUCAUAUAAAUAUUAGAAUGUCGGAUGUUCAUGUUAAAAGCGGCCGUGUCAAAUAAUGAGGUAAACAUAUGUAGAAGUAAUCCCUGUGGGCAAAUAGCACUGGUUUCACACUGCUCUGAAUGCUCGGUUUCCAACGUUUUUUUUUCUUUUAGCCCGAGCCAACGUCGGCUUGUGACAGGUUUCCUUAUAUGGUCAUCUGCUCCACGCACAGCGUACAAGUUCACUCCUCUGUUCACAUUUCACUUACUGUUUGUUCUUCACAAUAAAAGUUUCCCUUGAUUUAGUCAUUUAAAAGCUUUUAAUAUGAAGCAAUAAAUCAGGAAAUGUAGGAUUUGCAUCAGCGGUAACUUAACAUGACUCUGAUACAUUCGGAAUGCCUGCCAGUCAGAUCAGAGACAGGAGCUAAGACUGCUUGUUAGAGACAGUGGCUGAACUGAGGGGCUGCAGAAAAGGGCCAGUAUAAAAUAA